GGAUGGUGGAGCAACCGCAUUGCGGAUUGCUGCCAUUCAAGGCUACCUGGGAAUUGCUUGCAAGCUCCUGGGAAUUGCUUGCAAGCUCCUGACCUAGACGCGGACGUUAAUGCUGCUCCUGCAAGACGCAAUGGCAGAACAGCCUUGGAGGGAGCGGCAGAGCACGGUCGAAUUGACAUGCUUCGGCUACUUCUUGACGAAGGAGCAUCGCUGGUAGGCAAUGAUGGUGAGCGGCAAUAUCGGCGGGCCGUAGAAUUGGCUGAGAAAAAUGGACAUAUUACGGCCGCGAAGCUUUUGAAAUCAUUCAAGGAUCAGGUAGAAGAAAGUGGCAAUUGAAAUUGGCCAACUACGACGACACGCCGACAAGACGACACGACGACUUCCACUGUAGGACUUUCCGGUAUUGCAUUUCAUAUAUUGUCUCAAUCCUCAAUGG